AUGAAAAAUAUUUCUUUCACACUGGACGGAUACAGAGGAAUAUAUGAUCAGAAAUAUAUUUUUGUGGUUGUACUAUCUUUACUGUAUCCUGUCAUGAUAAUUUCUAACACUGUUCUCAUCUAUAUAAUAUUUGUUGAAAGAGUGCUACAUAAGCCAAUGUAUAUCUUUAUUUGCAAUUUGGCAUGUAUUAAUUUAUAUGGUGGCUCUGCUAUGACACCUUUUAUUUUGACCAAAAUGAUGACAGAGGAUUAUCAAAUUACAUGGUUUUCUUGUCUUAUGCAAAUAUUUUCCAUAUUUACGUAUGGUAGUUGUGACAUAACAAACCUAACAUUUAUGGCUUAUGAUCGAUAUAUUUCUAUAUGCUAUCCUUUAGAGUAUGAAAAAAUAGUCACCCCCACAAAAGUGAUUCUCGGUGUGACAGUUUCAUGGCUUUUGCCAUUUGUGCGAUCUGCUAUCACUAUCUCAUUAACAGCCAAUCUUAACAUUUGUGGGCAAAUCAUUGAAAAAGUGUACUGUGACAAUUUUUCAGUGGUGAACCGAUUCAAUAUGCGACAUGUGCCUUACACUCUUCGUGUAAUACUCUCUCUGUAUGUACUUAUUCUGUCCCCUAUCAUCAAUCCAAUUAUCUAUGGCAUAAAAACUAAAAAAAUAAAGGAGGUCAUGAUAAAAAAGUUUGUCCCACGUUCUAAUUAA